GCUUCUAAAGUCUUGUUCAGGCUGGGGCUCGAUCUGUGUCUCGGUGACUUUCGACAAGCUGAAACCUCUGCUCCGGUAACAUCAAGAUCCUGCAGCCAAGAUGGCAGACGAGAAAAGACUGUCUGCGAGGCGUAAGCAUACACUGAAAAGCUGUAUGCUGGUGGUGGCAAACAAUCUGUUGGAGGCUGAAUCAAAUGUGAAGGUUGGGGAGAGGGAGAAGUUCCUGGCUGAGAAGUGUCCUCCUCUGGAGCUGCCGUACUCCAAAGACGAGCUCGAGCAACUCUGCAAGACACUCCACGAACAGAUUGACCUCAGUGAAGAGGAGAGAUACGGCACAGAGUUCAAGCUGAACAUGGUUCUGAAUGAGGUCAGAGACCUCAACAUAAAGAUUGUGGAUCUGAGGGGCAAGUUCAAGAGACCCAGGCUGAAGAAAGUGCGUAUGUCUGCUGAUGCCAUGCUGAAGGCUCUGCUGGGCUCCAAACACACGGUCAAUAUGGACCUGAGGGCCAACCUGAAGCAGGUCAAGAAGGAGGUCAAAGAGGAGGACAAGCAGCUGCGCGAGGCUGGAGACUGGCGUAAGAACAUUGAAGACAAGUCUGAUAGGAAGAAGAUGUUUGAUAGUUAAAGUUGAUCUGUCUUUAGUUGUUGGGCUUCUGAGUGAUUUUCAGGACAUGGUUCAGGUCUGACGUUUCUGUAACUGAGGAGUUUCAUUCCAAAAUAUAGCAAAUCCACUGUAAACCUGCCUGCUUCUUCAGAGCUGAUGAGACAAGAGUGCUGUGAAGGUGAUACAGAUAAAUGUUUAACUUACUAUUAAAUGAAGAAAGAUGCAUGUUUUUAGGCUAGUCUAAUGGAACAGUAAGUCAUAAAUGGAAGUGGAAAUAGCUGAGAUUUAACAUUAUUUUUAAUUUGCUGUGCUUUUAAAACCAACCAAGCAUGGAGUAAAACUAUCAAACAUUGUGACAGAGACGAGGCGUCGUUUGGACCGUUUUUUUUGGAUUUCUUGCUCUGGAACGAAACUCUUCAGUUAAAUUUAAGCUGCCUUCUGCUUUAGCCUUUAUCAACAUUGUAAUGUGAUGUUUUUGUUAUAUGUUAUGUCAAUUAGUACAAGAGUGGUGUUUCAUACAUUUGCUUCUUUUUGUUAGGCUGACUUGUACUUCUGCAUCAACACAUUCAGUGAUGAUUCUAGAGUCUGUUGGGGCCCUGGGCAAAAAUUAAUUUGGGGGGAUUCCUCCAACCCCGAUUAUAUCCACCAGACAGCUAAUUCCUCUUUUUCCUUCAGUGACUUUCAUGGACGAACUUUGGUUUUCACAGGAGUAAUACAUGAGAAUGCUAAGCAGGGCAAUGAGAGUGAGUGCUGUCAGAUGGGGCCCCGUUAGGGAGGUUCCCUACUGUCACUGCAAAAUUUGCACAUUUAGAGCUACUGCUGAGGUUUAAAGUUUGUGAGCCCUCCGGGCCCCUAGGUGGCCUGUUAGCAAGCAGCGCCUCUGAACACAUUGAACAUAUUUUUCUCGUUACCUAAGGAAUAGCAUCGCUGGUUUUCCUGUGAUUACGAGUACAUCUCAUUUGUUUACUCAAAAUCUACGGGAGUUAACUUGUAAUCAGGAGAAAGAAAACCAGUGUUGUUAUCCCAAGAUUAGUCGAGAUCUUGAGAAAAAACCUGAAAAUAACUUAACACAGGAAAACAUGGUUAAAUAAAAAGUAUGGAUGAAUGUUCCUUUUGAGCUUCCGCAUAGAAAAAAAAGCUGAAAAUACACUUUAUAGGAUGUGUUCCAUUUUCAGUUAUGUCUAAUAAAUAAAACACAUUUUACCAUAACAUGGUUGGUUAGGGUUUACCUAAUCUUCAGAGACAUUUUACAGCCCGUUUGUUUUCACAAGGGUUUCGGGCACGGGUAGAAUUCAGGUUUGGGUAUAGUUCCAUUUAAUUUAAUGAAUUAGUCUCAUAACCAUAAAGCUUUUCCAUUUAUCUGCCUCCAUGUGACGCAUGUUAGAUUGAAAAGGUGAAAUGUAAAGGGGGAAAAAAACUGGUGCUGCUGUUUCGUUAGCUUGGCAUGCUAACGAAACAUCUAUAUUCUUGUUUCUUGUCCUUGCUUGUUAACGGUCUGUCAUGGGUGAAAUGACUCAAAAUCAACCGUCUCAUUGCCAUCCACAUCAACUCCUGUUUUGCAGAAGUGUAAUUCAGCCUCCUGUCUGUACUAAACAACAUCAUGUCAUCUUUUCUAAACUGUUCAAACAGACAAGUGAUGUACUUUUCUCAUCUUGUUGCUGUCUCAUUAAACACAACAGCUUUAUGUUCA